AUGGCUGGGGUAUUGCGUGGAUGCCUGCCGGUGGCGGGCCCGCCGCCCGCCGGCAUCGAGAUCAUCAACCGGGACGGCAGCAGCGUCAACAAGGUGGAGAUCGCCGAGAGGAAGGAGGUGGAGCUGGAGUGCCGCGUCAAGGAGAGCAAGCCUGCCGCCACCAUCGUCUGGUUCCGCGACAACGUGGAGCUCAAGCUGAACCAGCGCGACGACUCGACGACCGAGGUGGUGUCCAAGACGCGCGGGCCGCGCGCCUCCAAGUUCAUCGUCACGUCCAAGAUCCGGCUCACGCCCACGCACCAGGACGACGGCACCAACUACACGUGUGAGGCGCGCCACGACGCCGUCAACAAGCCCAUGCGCGCCACCGUCACGCUGUCCGUGCUGUACCCGCCCGGCGCCCCCUACAUCGAGGGCUUCGACAGCAACGUGGUGCAGCGCGGCCGGCAGCUGGAGCUCAUCUGCAAGAGCCGCGGCGGCAACCCCCUGGCGCAGCUCAUCUGGUACAAGAACAACGACCCGGUGCACAUGAAGUACUUCACGCACGACGCCAUCUCGGAGAGCACCUACACCUUCACGGCGGACGCGUCCGACAACAACGCCGUGUACCGCUGCGCCGCCACCAACAUCAUGAGUCAGAAGCCGCAGUCGGCGCAGGUCACCGUCACCGUCGAGUUCCCGCCCACGCACGUGGUCAUCAACGGAUCGGGCGAGGCGCGCGUCGGCGACGUGGUGCCGCUGACGUGCACCACGGACAACUCGAACCCGCCGGCCGAGAUCCGGUGGACGGUGGGCGGCAAGCAGGUGCACAACGCCACGUCCAGGAGCGUGCUGUCCAAGGACGGCGGCUGGAUCACCACCUCGGACCUGGUGACCUCCAUCCCGCCGGGGCCGCGUUCCAUCAUCGUGGUGUGCCACGGCCUCAACAUGGACACGGCCGUGGGCACGCACACCAUCGAGGUGCAGUACCCUCCGAGUACCCUGAUGAUCCACGGAUACAAGCAAGGCACGAACAUCGGCGCGGGCAGCCGGCAGCGAAUCACCUGCGUCUCUACCGGCGGCAAUCCACCUGCCACCCUCACCUGGUACAAGAACGACAAGAAGAUAAGUUCCACUUCAAAAAUCCUCGACAAGUCAGUGUCUGCCGAGGUGGAUUUUAUUGCCAACGCCACAGACAACGAAGCACGCUACAAGUGUGAAGGCACAAAUAAGGCAACUGAAAUACCGUUGACUGAAGAGCUCAAGCUCAGUGUUCUCUUUCCUCCAGACCGAGUGCAAAUAAAGCGAGAGCCAGCAGUAUUGAAACCCGGUCAAUCUGCCACUUUAACUUGCGACUCUUCCUCUAGUAAUCCUCCAGCUGUUUUAACUUGGUGGAGGGAUGGUAUUCCUGUGCUGGGAACUACCAACUCUUCAUCUAAGGGUCUGCAUGGUGGCACGGUAUCCACCGUCAAAGUGACUUUGGAUGUAACUGCUGAUCUGAAUGGUAUUGUCUACACAUGCCAAGCUAUGAAUGAAGUCCUGCAGCGGAGUGUACAUGACGCAAUUACAUUAGAUGUUUUAUACAAACCAAUUUUUGAAAGUGAGCCUGUUGAGUCCUUCAAUGGAGUUGAAGGCCAACCUAUGCUCAUAGCUCUUCAAGCUCAUGGAAAUCCAUCCAAUAUGACAUAUAUUUGGAAAAAGGAUGGCAAGGUUCUCAGUCAAUCUUCUGAGAGUCAUUCAAGAGUUCUCAUUGAUGGACCAAUGCUCAACAUUUCAUCCCUCCAUAAAGACGACACUGGUGCCUACACUUGCGAGGCAGUGAACAGUGAAGGCACUUCCAGCACUCAUAUCAACAUCAGUGUCAACUAUCCUGCUAGAAUUAUUGGUAUUACAACAGACACACUUGUGUCAAAUGGAGAGGAUGCUCAAUUGAAUUGCACAGCAGAUGGAAACCCAUUAAAAGUUGAUCAUGUCACUUGGCGUAGAGAAGGUUUCUCCGACAUGGCAUCGAGAACAUCAACUGUUUUCCGAAAUAAUACAUCAGUCUUAACUAUUCUCAAAGCAACCAAAGAAGAUAUUGGAGCAUUCCUCUGUGUUGUUAACAAUGGCUUGGGGAAUGAAACAUCAGCUCCUGCUUACCUACUUGUUAAACAUAAACCAGACAUUGAUCUGUCUCCUGUACUUGCCAAGGCGGCUGCAAAUGUUGGGGAUACUGCAAGAUUAACAUGCCGUGCGAAGGGUGCACCAGAUAUUCAAUUCAAAUGGUCUAGAGAUGGAACUGCCAUACCUGCAAACACCACCAAAAAAUAUUCAAUUAACUACCUCAAGGCUGAUGUUCUCACACAUGAAUCAGUUCUUCUAGUCCACAAAGUGGAGCAAGCAGAUUUUGGACAGUAUCAAUGUACUGCACAAAACGAAAUUGGCUUUUCCACUAAUUCUGUUGAGCUUGACAUUACAUCAAAACCAGACCCUCCGACGAAUUUGAAUGCAAAUGAAACGACACACAACUCCAUUACCCUCUCCUGGGUUCCUGGGUUUGAUGGUGGCUUGCCUACCACAUUUCGAAUUCGGUAUAAACCAUCAGGUUCGGCAAACGAAGCCUAUCAGUAUGCAGAUGUGACACCAUCCAAUGCUUCAACUUACGUUGUUCGAAAUUUGGACCUGGCUACGGAGUAUGUUUUCUCUGCUAUGGCUCUGAACAAACGAGGUCCAAGUGAUUAUGCUGGCCAUUUGAAGGCACAUACAACAAAUGAAGCCCCUCCUCCGGUACCUGCUGGAAGCAGCAUGAACCAAGAUGGUGCAGAAAUGUUAUCUGAAGAACUUUUGGGUAGAGCAGACCUUCCUCGACUAGUGGUUGUGAGUGUAGCCAUCACAGGAUCAAUCCUCCUGUUGCUCAACAUUUUGUUAGUGGGCUGCUUUAUGUACAGGAAACGUAGACAAAGACUACGCGAAGCAAGUGAACAGAGUAGUAGCAAAUCUGCCACAAUAGAAAUGUAUGCUCCAAGUAGUUACAAUGAAACGGUGACUGGAGAAACACUCAGCUCAGUUUCUGAAAAAAGUGAAAGCUACUCAAAUGCUGAUAGCAAUCCUGACUACUUGGUGAGAAAACAACAGGAGGAUGGUAGGAAACCUGCUGCCAGUACAUAUCUGAUAGACCAGAUAGACUAUCCCUUCGAGUACUGUGGAUUUGAGAUGCAACAUCAACAUAAUCAUCAGCAUCCAGGUCAUCCUCACCCUCAUCCUCAUCCCCAUCCACACCAUCACAUUGGGAAUAAUACUUUAAAACCACCACAUACUGACUCAGUAAACUCAGUCAACACUGGGACCCUCAGGAAGCAUCAGCCAAAUUAUAACAAUCACAACUCUGGAGGAGUGCAACCAGGUGGUGAUCCAUUUUAUGGAAUAUCCCCUGAUGCUAGAUAUAUUGCCUAUCCACCACCAGCAGAAUUUUCACAACCGACGGGCAAUGGAACUCUGCGCAGGGGACAGCAUUUAGCACCAAUGGGAACGGGUCCCGUAGGAGUUCCCCCUGACGUUACUGUCUUGCACAACCCUCCAAUUCCUCCUCCUCCUUUGUUGUCAACAUUCAGUUAUCCAGCAGCAAUGGAAACGGAAGGUCAUUUAGUGUGACCAAGCGAAAACUGUGAUGUGGGUGGUGAAAACCCAUCCCACAUUGUCUUUCAGCUAAGACUGUGAUCCUAGUGUCUAUCCACUGCCACAAACCAAACUGUUACAAUCUUUUACAUGGACUAUUGUGGUGUAACGUGUUCAUGUUUGCAUGUUGGUGGAAAGACACGAUUUUGCUGAUGUGGCUCUUAAAUGUUGGCUAGUUUGUGAUCUGUUAAAGGAAUGGUUUGGUUGUUUUAAUAGGUCUUUGCCACAUUUUUGGCAAAGAUGUAUUGAAAAGCUCAUUUUAAAAAAUGUAGGUGGUUCUAUAUGGGACUGCCCUCAAAAGAAACAGGGUUUUUUGAAAACAUAUUGUGUUUUAUUAUUAUUAUGAUAAUUAUUAUUUGUUUUUUUUUUCUAGGAUACAUGUACAAAUUUAAAAAAAAUAGAUAGGGAUUUUCUAUUAAGUAUUUUUCCAUUUGAUGUAUUGCUAGUAAAUUGAGAGCCGGUGAACCAUUUCAUUGCUAUGAGGAUCAUGAAGCCAUUUCAUCCCAAACUCUGAUCGUGUUCUUACCUCUGUUGAUUUAUCACAUUGUUUGAACAUUAAGUUUACAAUCUUCUUUUGAUUUGCAUCAGCAUGUGAUCAAAUGAUACAAGAUACUGAACUGAUGUGUGUUAUUCUUAUGUGUUAUUUGCUCACAAGGAGGCAAAUUCAUUUCUGUAGAUAGUAGUUAAUUCAGAUGUGGUGCUAUUCUGUCAAAAAGUACAGUAAAUCCAUUCAAUGUACAGUUACUUUAAGGUUUGUUGUGUACAUAGACAUUUUCCAGCUACGACUGGAUGGACAAAAAUGCACUUGAAUUCAAGCAGUGAAACAAGUGAAGACAUAUUCAAAAGUAACCUUUUAAAAAAUGUAUUAUUUUCUCAUAUUGUGAGUGUUUUGAGUGCGUGAGUGAGCUAGUCUUCAAUGUAUACCAAAGCUGUGGGUCAGAUAAAUGUCAGCAGGUGACUUAUUUGUAGUGAUUUGUCUUGACAUCCAUGAAUUUCACUAGAUGCAAUACCUGGCAUAUUGGCUAAUGCCGUCUGAGCAAUCUUGACCAAUUAAUUUAAUUGCCUUCAGGCAACCUUUUUAUUUUAUUUGAAAAAGAUUGAAGGAAAUGAACUAAUUAAUACUCCUUUGAAAAUAAAAUGUGAGUGGAGGAAGAGCAGCAGCUGUAUAAAUGUGGCACAAAACUCUCUGCUGUAGUUAGUAUAUCCUCAAGGUUUAAAAUGAAAACUAUCUUUCAGAUACCUCACAAAGGCAUAUUCCCACCCAAGAUCUUUUCUGUUUCUUUGCCGAGACACUCCUGUAACAAAUUAUUUCACUCUCUGCCUUUUCCGAUCUUAAAAUAAUACUAUUAAUAAUACCUCAAAAGAAAGAGCAUCUGUAGUGAAUGUAAGUAGAAGAAAUUUUUAACUCAGCAGCCAUGGUAUUGCUAAUUUUCUGAAUUUUAUACAAUAAAGAGAUUCAUGUGAUAAUGAUGUUUUCAAGAAAUUGCCUGGAUAACUUUGAAACUUCUGUUAUAUCAUCCAGUUUCAUGCAGGUUCUAAUAAAAUGUAUAUCUGUAUCUGUAAGUGUAUAAAUUAGAUCUGAACUGUAUAGUGCUCCUUCAAAUAUGCACUGCCAGCUUCAACUUUGCUGAGACCUAAUUUGAAAUGACUGCCAAUUGUCCUGAGUGUUAAAUACAAAAUGUUUGUUUGUGAUGUUCAUCACUUUCUAAGGCAUUAAUUGAUGAGAUAAUACAUACAGCCAAGUGUUACAAUUGCAUUAUAAAGUUUUUGAUCUCAUCUAUUUUAUUCCAUGAAGUAUAACAUGGUGUGUCACAUGCACCCAAGGUGAAGAGCUCUUUACUUGUUUAAGUUUGCCUCCUGUUAUUUUUUACCUCAAUUUACAUUGUACUAUACUCCCCUGGAGUAAAAAAUUAAAAAGUCACAAGUUA